CCGAAACGCAACCAUUAAAAGAUAGCAAGAUUGUGUGGGAUUCUGUACUGCGCAUGCGCGUGGGAAUCCUGGGGUAGGCCCUGCUAUUUGUCCAACUCUAGUUCAAUCCUACACUGCCGUCUCAACCAAAACAAGAAGCUAGAAAAUCUCCCUUCUGGACGGCAAAUAGACAAGAUGUAAUUCACAAACCUCACGAAAAUCCAGCUGUUUCUUCCCAUCAAGAGCUCAUCUAAUAUCUUCCUCUGAAGCGCAUAUCCAAUCAGCCAGAAUCAAAACUUCAGGAUCAGGACCAAAAGUUCCUCUAAUUCACAAAUCAUGAUGGCUUUCCAUUGCCAUUGGAUUUGAGUUUUCUGUUUGGACUUAAAACGCUCAAUGACAACCCACAAGAGCCCCUCUGAAAUGUUCCCAACCUAAAUAAGAUGUUCUGGUGAAGGCGAAUGCUUUGAAGCGAAGUUGCAUCUGAUGAUCCGAGUCACUUGCAUGGGUCUGUUCGUGGGCAAUUGGUGGGGCCGAAUGCUGGAAGACUCGACGCCACAUAGAGGAAGUGGCUUGUGCUAACAUGUGGUACCUCCAGUCUCACACCCGACGGAAAGCACCCACUCCCCACAGGGACCCACAGCGGGAUUUUAAACCUUGAUCUUUAGGUUCUCUCAGAGACCCUAUACACAAAAAACAUCAAUAUACACACAACUUCUAUCUUGCCCACCGACUGCCCUCACCCUAAAUCCGUUGGCAGGCUUCUCUUCCUUCCUUAGAGCAAGCAUGCCUGGAGGUUAAUGUACAAAUGUCUACCUCACGCUUAAAGGUCCUCUCUCUACAACUGCGACCCUGAACACACUACAAAAAUGACCUCCAGCUUAGAUCGGGAUGACAGCAGUAUAUUUGAUGGGUUGAUGGAAGAAGAUGAGAAGGACAAAGCAAAAAGAGUUUCUAGGAACAAGUCUGAGAAGAAGAGGCGAGACCAGUUCAAUGUGCUCAUCAAGGAACUGGGCACCAUGUUGCCGGGCAACACCCGCAAGAUGGACAAGUCUACCAUCCUACAGAAGAGCAUUGACUUUCUGUGCAAGCAUAAAGAAAUUGCUGCACAGUCUGAGUCCAGUGAAAUACGUCAGGACUGGAAGCCGCCCUUUCUUAGCAACGAGGAGUUCACGCAGCUGAUGCUGGAGGCACUAGAUGGCUUCUUUCUGGCCAUCAUGACAGACGGAAACAUAAUCUACGUCUCAGAAAGUGUCACUUCUUUAUUAGAACAUCUGCCUUCGGAUCUUGUCGAUCAGAAUCUGUUGAAUUUUCUUCCCUUGGGUGAGCACUCUGAGGUGUAUAAAGCCCUGUCUACACACAUACUGGAGGGAGAGACCCUCACACCAGACUACCUAAAGACAAAAAACCAGUUAGAGUUCUGCUGCCACAUGCUCCGGGGGACGAUCAACCCCAAAGAGCCACCCGUUUAUGAGUAUGUCAAGUUCAUCGGAAACUUUAAGUCCCUCAACACUGUGCCUAACUCAACACGAAAUGGCUUUGAGGGAGUGAUCCAGCGAUCUAUGAGGUCUGCGUUCGAAGACCGAGUGUGUUUCAUAGCAACUGUGAGGUUAGCCAAACCUCAGUUUAUCAAGGAAAUGUGUACUGUGGAGGAGCCCAAUGAGGAAUUCACCUCCAGACACAGUUUAGAAUGGAAAUUCCUCUUCUUGGACCACAGGGCUCCUCCCAUCAUAGGUUACCUUCCCUUUGAAGUCCUGGGUACAUCAGGGUAUGACUACUACCACGUGGAUGACCUGGAGACCCUGGCCAAAUGCCAUGAACACUUGAUGCAGUAUGGUAAGGGGAAAUCGUGCUAUUACCGCUUCCUAACAAAGGGUCAACAGUGGAUCUGGCUUCAGACUCACUACUACAUCACCUAUCAUCAGUGGAACUCGCGGCCAGAGUUCAUCGUCUGCACACACACUGUGGUCAGUUAUGCUGAAGUAAGGGCGGAACAGCGCAGGGAGCUGGGUAUUGAGGAGUCGCCACCUGAGAUCUCAGCAGACAAGUCUCAAGACUCGGGCUCCGAGUCUCAGUUGAACACCUCCAGCCUAAAGGAGGCGCUGGAGCGCUUCGAUCACAGCCGCACACCUUCUGCCUCCUCACGAAGCUCCCGCAAGUCCUCCUCACACACCGCUGUCUCUGACCCCACGUCCACACAGACAAAGCUGCAGACAGACCAUAGCACACUGCCCCGCCAAUCAGUGUCCGCCAUUGAGAUGACAUCACAGCGGAGGUCCUCCAUUAGCAGUCAGUCAAUGAGCUCUCAAAACACAGGACAUACAAUGGCCACAUCUCUGGUGUCUCAGCCUCAGCAGCCACAGCAACUGCAGCCCACUGUGCAGCCGGUGCUGCAGUUUUCAACGCAGAUGGAUGCAAUGCAACAUCUCAAAGAUCAGCUGGAACAGCGCACACGCAUGAUUGAGGCCAACAUCCAGAGACAACAAGAAGAAUUGCGGCAAAUCCAGGAAGAGCUGCAGAAGGUGCAGGGACAGGGCCUACAGAUGUUCCUGCAGCCAGGAGGAGGUGGUCUCAACCUCGGCUCAGUACAGUUGACGCAGGGGUCAUCCGUGCAGCCAGGGGGCACUCUGUCCAUGCAGGGGGCAGUGGUGUCAGCAGGGAGUCUGCAGAGUGGCCUGCAAUCCACACAUACAGGGACACAGCACACUGUCACACAGCAUCCGCAGCAGGCACCACCACAGCAACAAAACCUUCUCAGAGAUCAGAGCUCCACCCUAACACAGCAGUAUCAGAGGCCGUCUCACACGUUGCAGUCACCUCAGGGAGCACUGCCUGCAUCUCUGUAUAACACCAUGAUGAUCUCUCAGCCGACACAGGCCAACGUAGUGCAGAUCGCCACAAGCCUGGCCCAGAACAGCAGCUCCAGCGGAGCCGCAGUUGGCACAUUCUCACACGACCGGCAGAUACGGUUCCCCAGUGCCCCACAGCUACUCACUAAGCUAGUAACCGGUCCAAUGGCAUGCAGUGCAGUUAUGGUGCCUACCACCAUGUUCAUGGGGCAGGUGGUGACUGCUUUUGCACCACAGCAGGGCCAAGCUCAAACAAUCAGCAUCACCCAGCAGCCAUCUGCGCAGACACAGGAGCAGCAGGCCCAGAUGCAGUCACAGACAGCUACAGGAACAGCCCAACAGCAAGGCCAGGCCCAGGCUCAGCUUGCCCAGCAGCAAACACAAUUCCUACAGGCACCUCGUCUUUUACACAACAACCAGUCUGCUCAGCUCAUCCUUCAGGCAGCAUUUCCUCUGCCGCAGCAAGGCACAUUUGCAACCACAACACAACAACAGCAGCAACUGCAACAACAGCAGCAACAGCUACAGCAACACCAUCAACAACAGCAGCAGCUGCAACAGCAUCAGCAACAGCUGCAGCAGCAGCAUCAACAACAGCAGCAGCUGCAGCAGCAUCAACAACAGCAGCUGCAGCAGCAACAUCAACAACAGCAGCUCCAGCAACUGGCAGCUCAUAGGUCAGACAGCAUGUCAGGCCGCUCCAACGCACCGCCGCAGUAACUGGGCAGUGACUGUUCACAGGGCAGCAGGGACCGAACCAAAUUUCCACUGAGCAGUCUAGCAGCCUGGUGGAAAGAGGUUGUUUGAAGCUGUAUGAAAACAAUAGCAGUAUUUGUACUGUACCCUCUCAAAUAAGCUUCCCUUCCACUACGUGUAGGCUCAGGUGGAGGGCAAGACCUAAAAGGGCAUUGUUGUCCACCCUUUGCCCUCUCCGACCUAUGUUUUGAUCAAUGGCUGCUUGCACUGAAUUCUGGAAGAGGUCCAACCACAAAACACAGAAUUUUCUUCUGGCUGGUGGGAGAGCAGAGGCCUGUCACCACCACAGGGGGAGAAGGUUUCCACCCUAUCCUUUAUUGUGUCUGUUCGUCUUGUACACCCAAUGUGUGCUGUUGUCGUCCUUUCACAGGUUUAAUUUAUGCAGAACGCUCUGGUUCACGAGCUGGAGCAAGUGCUUCAAGACUUCAAAGAAGUCCUCCAGGACAAACAGCGCCUCUUUCUCUCUGUCUCUCUCUUUUUCUUUCUCUCUUUUUCCUCUCUUGCUCUUUCCUUCUCAUUUUACUUGUCAAAGUAAUUAUGGGUCAGAAAAUAUUUUUAAGAAUGUCAUGUGGAUUCAACUUUUAUUGCACAGUUCACCUGUAAAAUAAUGUGUAAAUAUAUGGACAAAAGGAAAGAGAAACUAAUAUUUUAUAUGAUGCAUGAGAUGAAAAGCGUAGUCUGUUAUUUGUAGCUUUGAAUAUACUUUUUUUCUAAUAUUCAAAGGAAAAAAAGCAAACUUAAUACACAUGAUGGCUGAUCUCUUUACAGACUUUCAUUUUUCCAGUGGGAUGGGGGUAAGUGUGUGUAUGUGCUUGCGCACAUGUGUUUGUUUGUAUGUAUGUGUGCCUGCCAAGCAGGCAGUGCUGGAUCCAGUUUGUGUCACAGUUGGUUUAAAAACUGCCUUCGUAUUUUAGUAAAACUGUUAUAUAUUACAGGCAAACUUUAAAUAUUUUGCUUUGUGUUAUGCAGUGACACCUUAGUAAUUGCAAAAAUAUAGAUCCACAUAUUUGGAGAGAUGUUUUACCUUUGUAAAUACUUAAAAGAGAAGGCUUUGGAUAGGAUAUAGUACAUUACGCAGAUAGACAAAAAUAUAAAAAUGGUGCUUCGACUGUUGCAUUGUGCGGUUGUGCACCGCCGCCUCACUCAUUACAGAUUUUGAAGGCUGUAAAUGGCCUAAUGGCAUUUGCUAUUAUGUACCCAUGUGUUUUACUUAAAAAUGAAAGCAGGAUUAUGAAGAUGAGAAAUAUAUUCACAUAGUGUGUAACUAUCUUAAAUGAUACAGGUACAAUUUACUUAGGGCUAAGCUAUAGUUUUCUCUAGUUUUAAAAUUGUUUACAGUAUGGUUGUUUACACUGUUGUACAGUGUUUUAGGGUAUGAUUUUACUAGGUAGGUAGCUAAGAAAAAAAAGAUAGAAAUAUAAUUUCACAGAACCAAACCUAAUUGUCAUUUAGAGAAGUUUGCACAGCUUUAAUGCAGGAAUAUAUUCACUUGCCUUUUUUCCUGCUUGUUGGCUCUGAACGAACAAUGGCAUUUCAGUUACAUUGCAGUUAAAUGCAACUCCCAUGAUUUUGCAACUAGUCUUUCAGACAAUUCUGGUAACGCAGAAAUGUAUAGGCUAAGUAAUGUACCUCUGUAACACUGACAUGUACAGUAUGUAGCUGCAGGAACAUCAUAGCAACUUCGAAUCUAUCCCAUAGGAGAAGAUGGUAAACUGGCAUUCGGUUGGUGUUUUAGGUCUACCAAAGUGUAGAGCUAUAACACAGAGGCAAAUGAUCAACUCUAGCUCUCUUUAUCCAAAGCACAAGCUUUAGCUUUUUUCUAAAUGAAAACCCCAAUGUUGACAAUCUAAAUCUAAAUUAAUUUGCUUGUUGUAGUAUUAAAAUUUCAGAUAUGCCAGAUUUACAGUAGAUUCAUCUAAUAUUUCAUAUUUAAACUCUGAUUCUACAUAAAUUUCCAUAUCCCAAAGUCAUAAAGUCUUUUUUCAGCUGCACAAUUAAGCGGUUUCCAUAUGAUUCUUGUCAAUGCGUCAACACUGCUCUGUGCCAGCGUAAAACACCGGUUUGAUCUCCAGAUGAACUGGCUGCAGAGAACCUCUCAUUUUGAUUUUAGCAAUGAUAUUGCCCAAGGACAGCUAGAUCACCUAAAUUGUCCGAAAAUCAAUGGCUGAUGCUUCGAAAGGUCUGUGCUCACUCUAUAGAGUUCAGUGGAUUUAGCAGCGGUAAAGCGAGUCAUGUGAAAGCACCUUUAGACAUCAUGAAUGUUCAAAUUAAAGAGUAAAAAUGUUCUGUAGGGACCUGUACCUGUUAGAAAGCUAACAGUUCAAAACUAAGAUUUGUAUUAUUAAAGGAAUCUUUUUACUCAUGAAAAAAGCUCAAACACUAUAUUUUUAGCUUCUAAUAUAAAAGAAAGUCACUUUCAUUAGCACUUUUGGAUGACAGGUAUUUGCUGAUAAAUUGUUCUUGUCAGGAGAUCAUGUUAUACAUUUUUAUUAUUCUAUCUUAUUGUCAGAGGUUAGUGUGCUAAUGAGCAAUAUUGCUUAUUCAGGAUAGAAAAAGUAGCCAGAUUCUGUUAAUUAUAAUGUUAAUUAUAUCAGACCUCAGUAUGUUAUAGUGCUAGUUAGAAUGUUUGGUUUGCUCGGGAUAUUUAAGCCAACAACCCCAGAGUGCUGGUCUAAUCAUAGUUCAUACUGCAGUAUACACCCAAUAACAGAGUAUCCCAAGUUAUCUUUGAUAAUGCAGUAUGUAAUCAAAAUCUGCACCACCAGGUUACGCAUACUCGAUCAGUCAGUUAGUCCUACAGUAUAUGACAGUCAUUAAAGGGGUAGUUCACCCAAAAAUGAAAAUUCUCUCAUCAUUUACUUUUUCAGCAGGACACAAAAAUUUCUAGAAGAAUAUUUCAGCUCUGUAGGCCCAUACAAUGCAAGUGAAUUGCGGCCAUAACAUUGAAGCUCCAAACAUCACAUCAAGGCAGCAUAAAAGUAAUCUAAACAACUCCAGAGGUUAAAUCUAUAUCUUUAGAAGUGAUAUGAUAGGUGUGGGUGAGAAACAGAUCAAUAUUGAAAUCCUUUUUUACUAGCAAUUUCCACUUUCACAUUCUUCUUCUUUUGUUUUUGGCGAUUUGAAUUCUUCAUGCAUAUCGCCACCUAAUGGGUGGGGAGGAGAAUUUAUAGCAAAAAAAAAGACUUAAAUAUUGACUUGUUUCUCACCCACACCUAUCAUAUCACUUCUGAAGAUAUAGAUUUAACCACUUGAGUCGUAUGGAUUGUUUUUAAAUGCUUUAUGGACCGUCAAAAUUUUUGUGAGGACCUACAGAGCUGAGAUUUUCUUCUAUCAAAUCUUUGUGUUCUGCAGAACAAAAAAUGUCAUUCACAUCUGGUAUGGCAUGAAGGUGAGUUAAUGAUGAGAGAAUAUUCAUUUUUGGGUAAACUAUCCCUUUAAUGUGUUAUACAUGGUUUCCGUAGUCACCAGUUUUGCCAUAGAAUUGUCUUUUACUAAAAUAGAUGGCUUUACAUUUCAGCGCUAAUGAAAUCUCUUCUCUUUAAUAUGGAAUGUCUGUGUUAUCAAGUUUCUUUAAUACGGCCCCAAGGUGCACAUUCUUAACCAUUUAACACUUAAUAAACAAAGCAUAAUUUAAAGAGGGAUAUAUACAAAAUAUAGAUUUUAUUUUUCUACAGCAAAGUCAGAACAGAGAAUAUAUGCAGAUAGGCUAUACUUGAUGUAUAAAACACCGGUUAUAAACACCUUUUGCUAAGAAAGGGAACCAAUAAUAAAGCUUACUCCAUAUUGUAACCUCAGAUGAAGGAUUUAAACAAACUGUGACACUGCAGGACCAGUUGAACUUUCUCCCCACAAUGCAGUUGGAUUCUGGAAGUGGUUAUUUUAGGGUCUUUGCCUGUUUGUAAGAGAUUGCUCCAGGCUCCUGCUUAUGUUCUUGAGUAUUUGAUGGUAAUACAUAAAAAAGUCUUGAUUAAAAGGUAUAGGAUACAUGCAAAUUCAGGCAGGGUCUAGAAUGACGUUAACCUUUGAUGCAUAACACAUUCUGACUUAGUCACAAACUGGCAUCAGAUGUCGCAGUUGACACAUGAGGAUGUUUUAGAGUUCAAGGGGUGGCGUUUGUUCCUCCACUGAUUUUUAUUUUCAGCCCCAAUAAGAUAAUGGUGAAAUACCAUGGCUUCCUCAGGUUGGUUCAGAAUCCUCAAAACUCACAUCAGUUGUAUCUCUCCUCUCUCUAUUGCUCUAUUUCAUCUUGUGAUAGUAACCUCUUCAGUAAAACGCUUUCUUCUGCAUCUACCAAGAAACACAAAAACAGCUGUUUCCCCUCCUGCAAAAUAUAGGUACCAUUGAAUAUGAUGUACCCCAGAAUGGUUUUUGGUGCUCAGUGCAACUUCAACAUGUCAGUUGGUAUUUAGUGAUUUAUCCAAAGAGCGAGAAGGAAAGAUUGAGAAUAAUUUAAAUCCUGUUGAAUUUGUUGUUUUUGUUUGAAAAACUUUAAUACUCAUCUUAAAGAUGCCCAAUGGAAAAGGAGGUGGUGAACCAUGUUAAAUGUUCUGUAGUUCUGAUGUACGCACUAGAAGUUCUGAAUGUCUAUCAGUGUUCUCUCUUGCUAUCAUUUAAUCUUUGUAUGUUUGACGUUAUUUGCUGAGCACUUAUGUUUGGCUCAUGAAAAUGAUCUGGUCAGUACACAUUAAUGGGGAAAAAAAGCUAAUAAUUUAAAUACACCUAUAAAUAGGUUUUAACUUACAAGUUGAUAGGUUUCACAAGACAAAUUCAGAGGCCUAUGGGGCUACCAGGGCACAGCUCUGUUUUCUUAAACUUACACUUAAAAAAAAAAAAAAAAAAAAAAAUCUGUAACAAAAGGAAAAAAAUGUGUGCUGUAUGGGGUUCAUUUUGUGAGCUAGGCAGUUCUUACAUUAACAAAUAAUGGAACCUUUUUAAACAAAGUUCCAUUUACUCCCCUUAUUCAAUUUUGAAAAUAAACUUAUUUAAAAAAUAAAAAAA